AAUUCUCCGUCUCAUCCUAUAUUGACGUUUCGUUUCUCCUCACCCACCGACGUUCGGAGAAGCUUUCCUCCGUUUUACCUCUCCGGCGAUAGUUUCUGGGUACCUUCCCCUGUUUUGUUCCAUCUGAGUUUUUGGAUCUAUAGCUUGAAGGUUUAUUCUUGAUCGAAUUGGGUUCUACCUUCAUUGACAAGUUGUAGUUACUGGUGCUGAGAUGUCUUCAGCUCAAGAUCCAUUUUAUAUCGUGAAGGAAGAAAUUCAGGAAUCUAUUGAUAAGUUGCUAUCUACUUUUCACCAAUGGGAACGGAUUUCUUCUGAUCCAGAGGACCAAAUGCAUCUUUCAAAGGAGUUGCUUUCUGGUUGCGAGAGCAUUGAGUGGCAGGUGGAUGAGCUAGACAAAGCAAUUGGUGUGGCGGCUAGAGACCCUUCUUGGUAUGGGAUUGAUGAAGUAGAGCUUGAAAAAAGGAGGAGAUGGACUAGCACUGCCCGUACUCAGGUGGGCAACGUAAAGAAAGCAGUAGUAGCUGGAAAAGAGGUGAAUGGCAAUGGGAGAACUAGUGUGAAUGGGAUGCGCAGAGAGUUAAUGAGGCUGCAAAAUUCUCAUCAGACGGAUAAGUCCAACCCAUACACUCAAGACAAUGAUGAUUUUAUACAAUCAGAAUCAGAUAGACAGAUGCUUCUUAUAAAGCAACAGGAUGAGGAAUUGGAUGAGCUUAGUGCAAGUGUGGAGCGAAUUGGGGGUGUUGGGCUUACAAUACACGAAGAACUCCUUGCUCAGGAGAAGAUUAUAGAUAAUUUGGGUAUGGAAAUGGACAGUACAUCAAACCGUCUGGAUUUUGUUCAGAAAAAAGUUGCCAUGGUCAUGAAGAAGGCUGGCGCAAAGGGGCAAAUUAUGAUGAUAUUGUUUUUGGUAGUUUUGUUCAUCAUUUUAUUUGUUCUGGUCUUCUUUACCUAACAUAUAAACUAACCAGCUGCGGCCUCGAACAUUCCUACAUUAGAAAGCAUACAUACAAUGAGGAAUACAGAAGAAUAUGUUGGAAUGAUGUAAUCAUGUUGAUAAAGAGCAGAAUUAUUUUAACUGAAGUAAGAUGUUGAAGGUGGUUGUGGCUUGUUGAAGCAGUUUGAUUUAUAAAUAUCAUGCAAGAUUGUUUCAUUUGUUGUUUAUUUUGCCUUGGUAUUUAUUUUUGUAAUGAUUGCUUUAAUUUAGAUUUCCUUUUUUCCCUUUCUUUUUUGUCUAUCUUGAGGAUUUUUUCUGUGUCUAGAGACUAUUGGAGUACUAAUAAAUUAAAGUUCACCUGGUUAUCUGAAUAAAUUUAGCUACAGGUCAUCAAUGUAAUUUUCUCUUUUCAUGUAA